AUGAUGGCCCUAGUGCCAUCCACCAAUACUAAUAAUACUCGUAAUGCCAAUACAGAAAAAAUUCAUGAUGAAUUUCGUACUAUGAAAAAAUUCGUAGCCAAACCAGAACAAAACAAUCAAUCUGCUACUAAUGACUUAACACAAAUGAUGGCUCGAACGGUUCAUAAUGAUAGAACCGAUAAUGGGUUGAAUAUGUUCAAUAAAAAUGCUGGUUCGAGAGUACCUUUCAAUCAAGCCCACACUCAAGAUUCACGUCUGCAAUUACCGGAUGAGACGACAUUCGAACAAGUCUACCAAUUUCAACAGUAUCGUGAUGGAAUACCAAUAGCUUCAGCGGCGAAUUCAAAUAGCCGGCAACAAUAUAAUGAUGGUAUGCCACUUAUAUCCAAUGCAGCUUCAUUCAUCAAUCGAAAUCGUCAAACGACUCCUGAUAACUCUGGUAUUCAAUUACCAUUGAUCGAAACAAAUCAACCACGACCAAUGCUAAGAAAUCCUCUAUCGAAAAGAACAUCAGAACCACUUGGUGUUUUACCUCUGAAACGUCAACGAAAUCCAAUUAAUUCUUCAUCAGCCUUAACAUCAGAUGAUACUAAACAAAGCCUUAUCCAUCUUACAGAAUAUGAUACUACCUCACCCACUCCUCAUUUUACAUUUAGACCAACGACGCCAAACGCAAAUGAAUCACCAAGUCGCUUAAGAACUUAUGAUAGUCAAGGAUCUGCUACAUCUGUUCAGUACCGUGAACCAUUGAAUAAAUUUUCAUCCCCGCCUCAAUCUAUAUCUAACACGUCAACUAUUGAAUCACCUAGAUUACGUAUUAAUCGAGUAAAAAAAAGUGCUCUUAAUCGUCCAUUAUCGACAUGUGAUUCAGUACGAGACAAUAAAAUUGCAUAUCGUUUGCUAAUACACGAUGGCCGAACAAAAGAUCAAACACAAGAGUUUUUACAAUUUCGACAGCAUUACUCUGAUGUAUGGGGUGCUAUUGCGAAGCUAUUUGAUGUAUUAGAAAAACUAAUGUGUAAUUAUUUUGUACCAAUUGCAUUUAUCGAUGGAGAAAAAGUUGCUGAACUUGUACAAUUAAUUGGUAGUAAACGAAAACCAACAUUAAAUGAACUUCUUAGUACGAUUAUCAAUCGAAAUGAAGUCGAACGGUUAAUCAAAGAACCGGGUCGUCGUUUUCGUGAUAAACACGGAAAACAACGAGCAGCUAUCAUAAUUCAAUCUUGUUGGCGUAGUUAUCAUGCUCGAGAAAUUUAUAAAAAUUUGAAAAAACGACGAUGGGCUGCCAAUGUAAUUGCAUCGACCUGGUUAAAACAUUCUAAAUUGGUUAAACUUCGAAAACAAUUAAAAUUGAUGCGUCGUCGCCAAUUCGACUUUUUUCACAAGAAACAAAGCGAAUUACGAGAUCAAUGGUUAUAUAUAUCAUCACAUCGCCGUACUAUUGUACAUAUACCAUCGUUAGGUUUAUCAGAAGGUAUUCGAAAAAACUUGGAUAAUUUACCGUUGAAAGAAAAUUAUCAAAUAGGACGUUUAUGCGAAUUAGAAGAUCCGAAUAUCGAUGUUAUUUAUGUGUCACCUAUGCCUGUGAACGAUGAAAUUUUACAGUACUAUAAUAGAUUGAUCAGUUUACGCGCUUUGGUUGAACAGGGAAGUGAACAACCAACACCUACAACAUCAAAUAAUACAAAUGAACGAUUUGUUAUUAUUGUUCCAGAAGCAUUGAAUAGAUUUCCGGGGCAAAAUAUGUGUUUGGCCAGUUUACUUAAAUAUAGCCCAAAAGCAUUAAAACAAAUUAAAAAGUUGAUAAAAGAUCGUUCGGCUUAUCUUGUAACAGGAAUUUCACAUAUUGAUGAUCUUUACAUAUCGGAAUAUCUUGAUAUUUCUAUAUAUGGUUGCGAACCCGAAUCAUCCUAUUUAUAUUCAACAAAAUCAGGUUCAAAAAGAAUAUUUAAAUCAAGUAAUGUACCGAUGCCUUACGGUGAAUAUGAUAUAUACAAUCAAAAACGUCUACUCGAAUCAUUAGCACAAUUGAUUGUUGAACAUCUCGAUGUUCAACGAUGGAUAUUUAAAAUUGAUGAUAAUUACGAUGGACUCGGGAUUGCUUAUUGUGAUAUUGCUACUCAUCUUCCGUGCUAUAAAAAUGUUUUAGAAGAAGUUGAAAAAUCGCCCAAUCAAUCUGUACGAAAGCAGUCAUACACACAAGUUCUAUGUGAAUUAUCCGAUGUUCUUGAUAAACAUACAAUUUAUAUAAAUAAAAAACAAUUUAAUUCUUGGCAAGAAUAUUUAAACGUCUUUUUAUCGGAAGGCGGUAUUAUCGAAGCAUAUCCACCAUCGAAUUCAGUAACAUCAAUAACCGUAUGCCUUUCAAUUGAACCUGAUGGUCAUUAUUCAUUAGUUUGUUCCGGUGACCAACUUCAUGCUGAAUCUCAAUUUUCUUGCUGGGGUUUAUCAUUUCCACAGACGAGCGCCGAUUCAAAUCAAUUAAACGAAUAUUGUUCGUCCAUUGUCGAACAAUGUCGGCAGAGAAAUAUUUAUGGUUAUAUUGAUAUUGAUUUUAUAACAUUUAUCGACAUAAAAACUAAACAACAAAACCUGUGGGUAAUUGAUUUAUGUAUUGGCUAUUCUGAACAUAUCUCACUUUCUCGUGUUAUGCAAUAUAUAACAACUGGAAAAUUCAAUCCUCAAAUGCAUUCGUUUACUGUUAAAAUGAAACAACUAAAGCAACGAUUAAGAAAUUGGCAAAAUGGUGCCCCUGAAUAUACAAUUGUUGAAAAAAAUCGUUAUGGCAUUUUGAGCUCAAAAUUGUAUCAUAGAAACCUGUCGAAUCUUCAUUAUAGUAUCUUUUUUCAAAUUUGUCGUACACACGGUGUUGGUUUUGAUAUUCGAGAAAAGCAAGGAACGAUUUUUACUUUGUAUGAAUGUGAUCAUCAUGAACAUAUUGGUAUGAUUACAAUCAGUGAUACAUUAAAAACUACCUUAUCGAAUUUCGCCUGUUAUUUAAAUACCAUCUAUCAAGAAAUUACGCCUGUAGAUAUGCAAGAAUCGAGUAAUUUUAUGUUAGCUGUUAAUGAUAUUGAAAAUAUACUUGGUAUUACUCAAGAAACAAAUUCAAAGGCUUGA